UUUUCUUUCUUUCUUUCUUUCUUUACGAAAUCGUCACCGAUUGAAGAAAGAAAAAAUGAAGCGGUCGUGGAUACUGGUACCAGCGCUGUGCUGCUGUUUCUUCUUCUUCUUCUCGAACAGCGAGCUCGAGAGUCGAGGAUCAGAAACGCAACUACAGUACCUAACUGCAGUAACCUCAUACGAGCGGCCACUCGCCCCGCUCGCUCCCCACAUCGCGGCGGAGCCAAGAUCUCGAGGCCGGAGGAUCUCACAGCGUCACUACCGGUAGGCAUGUACCACUAUAUAGUCACAUAGAGUAGGAGGCACCUAGGUGAAGCAGCAAAGAUCUAGCCCAGCCCAUCUCGCAGAGCGGAGAAUUCAAACUGCGGAGAAGAAGAAGAAGAAGAAGAAGAAGGAGAAGGAGAAGAAGAACAUAGGUAUCAUACAAACGUAAGCACCAUAAGCACCGUAAGCACCGUAUGUACCGUAUGUAUGUGUGUAU